AUGCUUGGCUUCGGAACUCGUAACGAGUUUGUGGUGGACGGCCGGACCAUCGUGAUCACCGGUGGCUCCGAGGGCAUGGGCAAAGCCACUGGCUCCCUGCUUGCCGAAAAGGGUGCCAAUGUCGUCCUCGUUGCACGCACCACUGCGAAGCUGCAGGAGUCCUUGGAAGUUGUCAAGGGGUCCGCUGCGGACUUCAAGAAGCAGAGAUUCCACUUCAUCAGUGCCGACCUGACCAAUCCCGCCGAGUGCGAGCGGAUGAUCGAAGAGGUCACGGAGUGGAACGGCGGUCUUCCUCCCGAUGUUGUCUGGUGCUGCGCCGGCUACUGCAACCCGGGCUUCUUCAUUGACACGCCCGUGCAGAUGCUCCGGGACCAGAUGGACACGGUCUACUGGACUGCUGCCAACACCGCUCAUGCCGUGCUCAAGAAGUGGCUGAUGCCCGUCGGUCCCAGCGAACAGCAGGCCCUGCCUCGCAGACAUUUGAUCUUCACUUGUUCCACUCUUGCUUUUGUUCCCAUUGCUGGCUAUGCCCCUUAUUCCCCUGCCAAGGCUGCCAUUCGUUCUUUGUCCGAUACACUCAGCCAGGAAAUCGAAAUGUACAACGGCUCUCGCAUCACCAAGACCCGCUGCGAAGCAACUCCCGCCGACGUCAAGAUUCAUACGAUCUUCCCCAUGGGCAUCUUGAGUCCCGGCUUUGACAAGGAACAACGAUUGAAGCCCGAGCUCACCAAGCAACUGGAGGCCGCUGACAAGCCCCAGUCCCCCAAGGAGGUUGCGAAGAUCUCGAUCGAGGCUCUGGAGAGGGGCGAGUACCUGAUCACUACGAUGUUUGUUGGCCAUGUGAUGAAGGGCAGCGCUCUCGGCGGCAGCCCCAGGAACUACGCUAUCCGCGACACCUUGACCAGCUGGAUCAGCAGCUUGGCAUUCCUGCAGGUCACUCCCGAUCUCCGCAGACAGGCUUGGAACUGGGGGGUGAAGUAUGGUCUUCCGCCAUCCAAGGCUCGGGCAUGA